AUGGAACCACCAAGCAAGAAAGCUUGUGUACUAGAAACAACAACCAAUGCUACGAAGAUGGAGACAAAGUACGAAGAUAUGUUACCAAUCAUGGCGGAGAAAAUGGACGUAGAAGAGUUUGUAGAAGAGUUAUGCAAAGGUUUCAGUUUGCUAGCUGACCCAGAGAGAGAUGUGAUCACAGCUGAGAGUCUAAGGAGAAACUCAGGGGUACUUGGGAUUGAAGGAAUGAGCAAGGAAGAUGCAGAAGGAAUGAUUAGAGAAGGAGACAUUGACGGUGAUGGAGCUCUUAACCAAACCGAGUUCUGCGUUCUCAUGGUCCGGUUAAGCCCUGAGAUGAUGGAAGAUGCAGAGACUUGGCUGGAGAAAGCAAUCAGCCAAGAACUCUGCAAUCACAACCACUCUUCUCUGCCUUGA